AUGGACUUGCGAUCUAUUAUCAACGUCGACGGCGGCGGACAGGAUCAGCAACAUCAGCAACAGCAGCAGCAGCAGCAACAGCAACAGCAUCAACUGCCUCAUCACCGGUCACAAAGCUAUCAAAGCCGCCCUAUCCAGCCGCCACCUCAACAUGACUUGCCAUCUCCUCACCGAUCUUUCUCCGUACAAUCCCAAUCUCCGUAUCAGCAGCGCACGCCCUCGUCGAACAGCCAAUACCCCUUCCCACAACACCAGACCCAAACUCCCCCGACUCCUCCCCAACCGACCCAAUAUCCGCCUCAUCUUCAGCAGAGGGAGAGCUACGCGCAAUCCAAUCCGUCGCCGGCCCAUCUCCAACAUCAAAACUCCUUCGCUCGACAAUCACCCACCCCACAAACACCGCCAAUUGGUAUGCCCGGCGCCACACACCCGUAUCUACAACACCAAAGAUCAGUAUCCUCAAUCUCAACGUCGCCGCCCGCGUCUGCCAACAGCCAGCAGCAACAGUACUUCAACCAGUACUCCUCAGACAAUCAAGCCUCUGCGGGCCCGUACCCAACUUCCCAGAUCCCUCAUAACCGCCAACCCUCCCAGCAGUCUCAGCCGGGCACACCACUCGGUCCCCCUUUGAUACAGAGACAAUAUUUCCUUCAGCCUUCAAGUCCACACCAACAGCGAGGAAUCCCGCCAGGUUCCUUUACCCAGCCCCAACAACCUUCUCCUGCUCCAGGUCCUCAGACUAUACAAAGACCGCCAAGCACGCCGAGUGCCUACGAUUCUCAAAGAACAUCAGUGAGCGAUCAACCACAACAAAGGAGGUCACAAAGCGAAAGGGAUAGAAGUCUGAGCCUCAGUCCCAAGACACGACUACCGAGCCAACCACGAGGGGAGGCUACGACUCCAAAAUCCGAAAGGGAAUAUAGUAAUUCAACGAAGCGCAAGAUGGACGACCGCGAGCUCUCAGUAGAAGAACCGCGACCGAUGGGGACUCCUAAUACUCGGCCUUCCGCUAACGGAAGUCACCGCAUGCUUUCUAUAUCCCCACAGCAGCCCGUGAAAAAGCGAGUGCGGUAUACCGGGCCGCCGAUCUGGGCACAGAGUGUCCGCAAAAAAGCCAUCGCGCCCAAGAUCAACGGGAAGCAGAAUAUGGCCGUGCAGCCAGUGAAUGCCCCCCACCCUGGAACGAACGGGACACCGCAGCCUGCUCCUCGUGCUCAUGCUGCUGACGGCAAGGCGCACCCUUCGGCGUUGCUUGGUCCAUGGGAACACAGUAUCACUGGAGUGAAGCCGGUGGAGCAAAUCACGAAACUCGUUGCAGACUAUCUAUACGUGAAUGUCGUAUCCCGAAAGGAUCUGAACGAAUUGGCGAGUAGGGGUGUGGAGAUUGAGAUUGAGGCCAAGCUGGGUCACAUCAUUGAUAGAGAGACCAACGAGCGGUAUCGCCUACCAGUCAGCUCCGAGUGUGUCCUGCUGGAUAAUGGAAGAGUCGGUUUCAAGAGCUCGAUGACUGAGGCCCAACAUCGCACACUCAAUGAAUUUUUGAAUGCCGAAGUUCACGACGCCCACCCGCAAAAUCCCUCUUCCGCUAACAAAAAACGAGUCGAGAUCAAAUACAAACAUUCGCGCGAACUCGACAGCUUCUACGAACUCCCCAAAUCCAUGCAUGGCAUAAUCCCCCCCGCGCUCAGAGAGAAGCUGAAUCCUUACCAUGGCGUCAAAGUCCGAAUCACGCACGACCAAAAAACUAAAGAGCUGAAAGCUAAGAUCAUCAAAGCUCGGAUCUGCGACCUGGACAUUUAUAGCCCUCAAACCCCCAUGGAUUGCAGGAUCAGUAUAAAUUUCGAAAUGCGGUUUGAUGGGGAACUCGAAGAUCUGGGCGAGCGGUCGGGGCCGGACAGGAACAAGGAUCGUUUGAGCUACACGCAAUCUAUUUACCAGAUUGAUCUGACGCAGGUCACCCAGUUGUCUACAUCUACUACAGGGGCUAGCGUGCCGACAAAGGAACAUGAGCUGGAAAUCGAGCUGUCGACAGCUGCGGUCAGGGAUCAAGGCCAGAAAGCAGCCGCUGGGGAGGCGAACGAGUACCUCUCUCUGGUAGAAGGAUUCAUAGACAACAUGCGCGUGCUCUCGAGGGCUGCUCCGGCAGCAUAG